CCUGCGCAGUAUGCCUCCCCUGUUCCCUAUUCAGUAGUGCCGCCCGCCGGUGUUUCCAGUGGGUGAACCCGGAAGUGGCGCCGCCUUCUCCUUCUCUUCCGCCUUGGAUGCCGCAGGAUGCUGAACGCCCCUUCCCAGGCCUUCCCUGCCCCCGGGUCCCAGCAGAGGGUGGCCCUGGCAGGGCGGAGCAAGGUCCCUUUGAAACCAGGCCGAAGUCUUAUGGACUGGAUCCGGCUAACUAAAAGUGGGAAGGAUCUGACAGGUCUAAAAGGAAGGUUAAUAGAAGUGACUGAAGAAGAGCUUGCCAAACAUAAUAAGAAGGAGGAUUGCUGGAUAUGCAUAAGAGGUCUUGUUUAUGAUGUCACACCAUAUAUGGAGUAUCACCCUGGCGGUGAAGAUGAGUUAAUGAAAGCAGCAGGAUCUGAUGGGACAGAUCUGUUUGAUCAGGUUCAUCGCUGGGUCAAUUAUGAGUCAAUGUUGAAAGAGUGCCUGGUUGGAAGAAUGGCACUCAAGGCCUUUGCUGCUCCUUUGAAAGACAUUUGCCCCAGAGUUCCUGAAGCGAAUGAGCUCUUGAAUGGUACUUUUCCAAAAAGUGAAAAUUUGGAUAGCAGUUCAAAAGACAUAGUUCCCAGUUACAAUUGGUUCCAGAAAGAUGAUUCCGUCACUGUAGUCAUAUACACUAAGCAAAAGAAUAUGAAUCCUGAAUUGGUGAUAGCUGAUCUUCACGAAGGUAAACUGAGAGGGGAAGUCAUAAUGAAGGACUACUCAUACCUUUUACACAUUGAACUGAGUUUUGAAGUGCAUGAGGAUAUCAUAGUACAGGUCUCUGAAAAAGUGGGAAAGGUCGAAUUUGUCCUGACGAAGAGAGAACUGCUGCCUUGGAAGACCCUUGGGCAGCCGCUAGAGAGUCACAACUCUUUUGUAAAGCGCACAGACAGAGGUCUGUGCUACAGAAAAUGCAAAUUGCUGUCAAAGGAAAAUGUCACUCACGACACCAGGCUAUUCUGUUUAACAUUGCCACCAGGAACUCAUCUCCAGGUCCCUGUUGGACACCAUGUUUACCUCAAACAAACAAUUUCAGAUGCUGAGAUAGUGAAGCCAUAUACACCAGUGGCAUCGUCCUUGGUAUCGACAUUCAAAAGCCCUUCUUGCAGUGAUAAGACACACAUAUUUUUCAUGAUCAAGAUAUACCCCAGUGGACUGUUCACCCCAGUGCUCGACUCUUUGCAAAUAGGGGAGUAUAUUUCUAUGAGUAACCCUGAAGGUAACUUCACCACAUUGCAAACUGAAGAGGUAGAAGAACUAUUUUUAUUGGCAGGAGGCACGGGAUUCACACCAAUGAUUAAACUCCUGAACUAUGCCUUGACUAGUAUCAAUACUCUCAGGAUAGCAAAGUUGAUGUUCUUCAACAAAACGGAAGAUGAUAUACUUUGGAGAAGUCAACUGGAGCAAUUAGCCCUUAAUGAUGCAAGGUUUGACAUUCAGUUUGUUCUUUCGGAGCCAAAGGAAAGUUGGCUAGGCAAACAAGGAAGGAUUUCUUCUUCUCUCCUUUCCCAGUUUGUGAAAAGAAGUAAAUGUGAUUCUAAAAUAUUAAUAUGCACCUGUGGUCCACUAGCUUUUGUGGAACAAGGAAUACAGUUUUUGCAAGAUCUUGGACACGCCAGUAAAGAAAUACAUUGUUUUACAGCCUAAAAAAAUUACAACAUCAGGACUCCAUUUUGCUCACUUCACUAAUACAGUAUUUUUUAAAAUUGGAAUUCUUGGAGGGAAGUGUUAUGCAUGAAUACUGUAUUCUUUUCAAGUACUUGAAUUCCCACCUUUUGAGGGAGAUAAUUUUAUAUUUUGCUUUGAAAUUGUAUUUAUUUUUGCUACUAUGUAAAAUUUAAAUUUUAGAUAUAAACAAGGUAGCAUAGUUCACGUGUGUUGAAUAGAUUUCCAUUAUGACCUCCAUCAGAUCCGAUUUAGUAGCAUUCAUUCAACUGAUUACUUUGGCUACAUAGGCACCAGAGACAUUUUAAAAAAUUACAACUUCAUUACUGUAAAAGUCUUCCUAUUGUAGCAAUAUAGUAUGAUGUUAUAUUUAAUGGUUAACUCAGGUAUAUGAUUGUUUUCAGUACAGUCCUGCUGGUGUCAUAAAGCUGUAGUAUUGAAAAUGAAAAGUGUGGGUGUUCUUCCAAAUCGCAGAAGGAAUAACCAUUUUAUAUGCAAAAUUUCUUUUUUGUAUAAUGCUAAUAAAAAACAAGAGAGUGUUGCAUUAAAAUAAAAUGCAUAUCCUGA